AAGAACGAUAAUUCAAAAUAUGUCGUAAUGUUGUUUACAAGAAUAAAUUGAGGAUCUAACAUAUCUUUCACAUAUAAACUAAAGGCCAAAUACACCAUCAUGACGACUGCAGGUCCAGGUGGAUUUCAGGCCGGCACUGCUGUUGUCCCGGCUACUCAGGUGGAAAUCAGUGUCCAGUGCAGAAAUUUAGCAGACAUGGAUGUUUUCUCUAAAUCAGACCCAAUGUGUGUUUUGUUUAUGAAAGAUAUAAAAACUAACACUUUUUAUGAGGUCGGAAGAACAGAAACAAUUGAUAACCAGCUCAAUCCAAACUUUGCCAAGAAAUUUACACUCACCUACCUCUUUGAAGAAUUACAGAGCAUUGAAUUUGAAAUAUAUGAUGUUGAUUCUGCUUCUCAUAAUUUGAAAAAUCAUGAUUUUAUUGGACGGAUGGAGUGCAGCCUGGGAGAAAUUGUAGGGGCACCAGGAGGGAAAUUAGAAAAGCCUUUACAGGGAUCUAGGAGAAAGAAUGGGACAAUAAUAGUCAGAGGAGAGGAGCUAAGCAAUUGCAAGGAGGAGAUAACUCUUCAUUUCCGAGCUAGUCAUCUGGAUAAGAAGGAUUUCUUUGGAAAGUCUGAUCCUUAUUUACAGUUAUCCCGAGUUAAUGAAGAUGGCAGUUACACUGUGGUACACAGAACAGAAGUCAUCAUGAAGACGUUAAAUCCUACCUGGAGACCCUUUACAAUCAUGUCCAGGGCCUUGUGUAAUGGAGACUAUGACAGGAGCAUUAAAUUUGAAUGUUAUGACUGGGACAAAGAUGGAGGGCACGACUUAAUUGGAGAAUUUACAACAAAUCUCCGAGAAUUGUCAAGGGGUCCUUGUUCUUCCAAUGUUUUUCUACUUAUACACCCAAAGAAACAGGCAAAGAAAAAGAAAUAUAAAGAUUCAGGGGAGGUGCUACUAUUGAGUUAUAAAUCAGAGCAGAUCUUUUCGUUUCUGGAUUACAUACAAAGUGGUAGCACUGAAAUGAACUUCACAGUAGCGAUAGAUUUCACUGCCUCUAAUGGAAACCCCUCUUCUCCCUCAUCUCUUCAUUACCUGAACCCAUACGGAACCCCAAACCAGUACGCUGCGGCUAUUCAAGCUGUAGGAAACAUUAUUCAGGACUAUGACAGUGAUAAGCUGUUUCCAGCCCUGGGAUUUGGAGCAAGAAUGAGUGAUGGCUCUGUUCACCACGAGUUUGCAUUGAAUUUUAACCCCUCCAACCCAUUCUGUCAGGGAGUAGAGGGAGUCCUGCAGGCAUACUACAACUCACUGAAGAAUGUCCAACUGUACGGCCCUACAAAUUUCUCCUCCGUCAUUAACCACGUAGCCAGAUUUGCUCAGGCAAUACAAGAUGGCAGUCAGUAUUUUGUUUUGCUUAUCAUUACUGAUGGAGUGAUCACAGACAUGCAGCAAACCCAGCAGGCUAUUGUUAACGCCUCCAGACUCCCUAUGUCCAUUAUCAUUGUUGGUGUAGGGGACGCUGAUUUUACUGCUAUGAAUAUUUUGGACGGUGAUGAUGUCAGACUAUCUUACAAUGGAGUGUACGCAGAGAGAGAUAUUGUACAGUUUGUUCCAUUUAAUGACUUCCUAAACCUUGGUAACAUGACGUUGAGUCAAGCAGCCCUAGCUAAAGAAGUGCUGGCAGAAAUACCGGAUCAGUUUUUGUCGUACAUGAAAAAGCACAAUGUAAAACCCAGGAUAUCGGCUACUGCCCCACCAUAGAGCUACAUAUCCCUGAAGUAGAGAUAUCAUUUAUCAUGUUUACAGACUUCAAAUGCUUCUAAGAUUUUUAAUGCAAUAAUUCUUUUUAAUUAAUUUACUGCUGUUAAUUCAGUGUGUAUUCAUAGUGAAUUGAUGUAUUAGUGCUGUUAAUUCAGGGUGUAUUCAUAGUGAAUUGAUGUAUUAUGCUCUUAACAAUUAUUGGUUUUAGAUUUACUAGGGAUCUGUACAUGUACACUGUAUAUAUCUCCUUGAUUUUGCAGGUGCUUUUACAUUUACUUGUAUCAAUUCAUGUAAGUGUGUUAAUAAGAAAUAUCAGCCAUGUGUAGAAAAGGCAGUAUCUGAAAAGAGGUGUUAAUAUUGCCCAUGUGAACAAUAUAGUUUGUAGUUUAACAUUCUGUAGAUGUUUUGACAUUGUUUUAUGUACUUGUCUUUGAAACAACCAUUCUUUCCUUUAUAAUUUCACAGCUUUAUCUUGCAGUAUUUAAUUAAAGCCUAAAUGUAGGUUCCUGUAGGAAUAGAGACAUUUGCUGUGAUUUCAUACUAGAAUUUUUUAAACAUUCUUAAUGUGCAAUAUACAUUGUCAAGACAUUUAGGUUGGUGAUUCUGUUGCUUAUAUACCUUUUAUGGCAUUCUCUUUAGGUUUAGACUGAUAAUUAUAAUUUUUUUAUGUAAUUUUUACAUUUUUAUGUAAUACAUUUUAUACAAUUUAUUUUUAUCUUUAAAUGACUGUGUGAGAUAUUUUUCACUUUCUUUAUUGUCACUAAGGGCAAUUGAGAAGACUCACUGAUGGACAUUGGAUGUGGCAUCUGUUGAGUACAGACUUUAAACUGGAUGCUGUUUGGAUAUAUAUUGACUGUGCAUUGGUUUCAGUUUGUAUCUCAAUUAAUUUUGGACUACCUCCAGUUUAGAUCUCUGUUGAUUUUGAAUUGAACACAGCUUGGAUAACUGUUGAUUUUGAAUACUGUAGAAGUACUUUUUUUCCACGUGGUAUUAAUUUACGCUAUGUACGCGGCCACAAAUUUUCCGCGGAAAUUUUUCCAAGCGUACUUUUUAUAAAUGUAAGGCAUAUAGUGACAAUCUAAGAAAUCCACGUUAUUUUCUAUCCGUAGAUUAAAAAGAUAUUAAGAUUCCGCGGAAUUAUGAUUCCGUGGAAAAAAAUACGUCUACAGUAUGCUUAUAAUGCAGCAUCCAAUGACUUUGAACUGACUAUAGUAUAAAUAUUAAUCAACUCAAUGUACACAGUUAUUUUCUCUUUAACAGAUGCUCAACAAUGCUCAAUACAUUAAGAUGUAAUUCAUUUUCCUAAUUUGUACAAAUUGAUGUAAGCAUAGCAAAUGUUUUUAAUUGCUUAUUCUUUUGUUAACUUCUAACUUGGUUAGAUACAUGUGUACUGCAGCACCAACACUUUGAUUUUAGUUUCCUGUGUUCAGUUUUAGCUGUGAAGCUGUUGAAGUUUGUAAAACACGCAAUUCUGUGAUUUUAGAAUGCAUUUUAGAAAUGUUCAUUGCAAUAAAUGUGUUUAAGUUCAGUUUUAGGUUAUGUGAGUCACUUAGGUGACCAAUUGCAAUCUGUUUUUGUUCAUUUUUGUGCAUUGUUAGAAAUUCAACAGGAUUUAUAUGGCUUCUUCUCAAAAAGGGGAUUCAACAGUUUUGGUAUAGGAAAAUCAGUGGGACAAUGAUUAUGAAUUUAUGGCCACUACUUCCUAAUUAUACAGUAAAAAUGCAGCAAUUCUUUCAAAUUCUUCGCUAGACUACAGCAGUUUGUGAAAGCACUAGUUCGUUGUUUACAACUGAAUGUUAGUAACAAUAGAUAGUUUAGGCGACAGUCUGACAAACACUGGUAAAUGACAGCAUCACCCUCAGGCUUGACCUUUUUAUUGAUCCUUGGUUGCCUUUUUUCUCUCGAUUUUAAGCAAUGUAUCACACUAUAAUAUCAGUUUAUGUUCCUUUAUUUCAUAAUUAUGAAACCAUGUUUUUAUGGAUCCUUUUCAGGGUCGUAUUCUAUUUUACUCAGGUGACCGUUAAGGCCUCUGGUCCUCUUGUAUUUAUUGCUGUUCUUAAGAUGUAACAUAAUAUUUAAAACUAAUACUGAUACCAGUAUAUCUUGAAAAGUUUCAAUAUUUUUUUUUUUACUUUUACUAUUAGAUCUAUAUAAUUAUAUAUUUAAAAAUUUUGCAAAUAAACUUCAGAAAUCAUGCACCUUUUAAAUUUUAUUUUAAUUUCACUUGAAUAUAGUUAAAUAUCACCAUUAAUUAGCUGUAAGAGAGAGAGAAAGA